UUGAGAGCAUCAGUGUAGCAUCGUCUCUCCACAAUCAGCAAAAUGUCUUGUUGUGAAGGGUUUACCUCCUGCAAUGGAUUUUUUUUAAUGGCACUGUCCAUUCUAGCUAUUUGCUUGAACUUGCUUCCACUGGUUAUCAAUUAUGCUAUGGAUAGCAAUCUUUUUGUAAACGCAAUAUCUUGCUAUGAGUGGUGGCUGCCUGGGGUGAUAGGAGGUGGUAUUCUGGUCCUGCCCGCAGUAGCAAUGUCCCUGGCAGCAAAAAAAGGAGGGAGCUGUAACUCCAGAACAGGGAUGCUGAUGUCUGCUGUCUUAUGUCUGCCCAGUAUUAUUGGUGCCAUCUACUGUGUGCUCAUAUCCUUGUAUGCUCUUGGAAAGGGCCCCCUGAUUUGUGAGAAGGGCAGUGGUGCCAGUUUGUCCUCUUGCGAUUUCACCAUCAGCAAUAUUAGUUCUUUGGCAAAUUUAAAUUUGAACUUGGACUGGUACCUGAAUAAUGGCAGCUGUGAUGGAGUGUCUCUGCCCCCCGACAGCGAGACGAACAGCAGCUUGCUCAACUUGGCUGAAAACCUUGAUAUUGAUCUGGACGCAGCUAACCUGAAGAAUUACCACCUGGUCACCUUUGUUGGACUAAGCGUUAUCGGACUGCUGGAAAUCAUUGUCAGUGCACUGCAGAUUGUUGCAGGAGCAUUUGGUUGUCUGUGUGGCACUUCAAAGAGAAGAAGAGGUCAACCCAUGUAACCAGAGUUGAACCUCUAGAUUUUAUAUUAAAUAAUUGUUGGUAAAAUUUGUCUUAAUUACAGUGCAUCUCAUAACAGUGUUUCUAAACUUUAAAAUGACUUUACUGUGAUUUUACUGACUUUAUUUAAGACACAACCUCUUUAUUUAAUUACUUAAGACUUAAAAAAAAAAAACACCAAAGUAUUUAAAAAGCUAUCACUACCAAAUCUUAGAUGUGCAUGACAUUUUUAUCUGCAAAUUAAUUUAUUGCUAUUAUUGUGUUGAACAGUGUUUAUUUUAUAGCAUGCUAUUUUGCUGUAUUUGUUGUGUGAACACAUAUUACAAAGGACAAUAUCAGUUUUUGAAAUGCAUGUAUUUGUAAAUUGUAACUGUAUAUGCCAUACAACAUUAAAUUGUAGAAACAAGCUAUUGUCAAUCCUAAAUAAAAACUCAUGUUCCCAA